AUGCAGCGGCUAUCGCACUGCAGCUAUGAGGAUGACGUUUUGGUGAUCGCCGACAUUCCACUGGCAAGAAUCAUGGAUGGAGGCGAAAGCUCAAAAAUGGAGUUAAGUAACAGAAAAUUAAAAGACUUUCCGAAGGCAUGUUCCAAGUAUAAUUUAAGUGAUACGGUCGUUGCAGAUUUGUCCAAAAACCGAUUUAAUGAGCUUCCAGAAGAAAUUACCGAAUUUUUGUUUUUGGAACGAUUGCAGUGCCAUCACAAUGCCAUACGUCAAAUUCCGGACACCGUUAGUAAUCUUCAAUGUCUCAAUUACCUCGACCUUAGCCGAAAUCACUUGACUGUUCUUCCAAAAGAGAUCUGCCAGUUACCUAUUCAAAUAUUGUUAGUUUCAAACAAUAGGCUAGCGUGUUUACCUGACGAAUUAGGACGGAUGUCGCAGCUAACAGAGCUGGACGCUUCGGGUAACCAGCUAACGCAUCUCCCGCCGCGGAUGGGCGAUCUGCAAAAUUUGAAAUCGCUCGUAGUACGAAGUAAUUUAUUAUUAUGCGUUCCUCUCGAGAUUACGUACUUGAAUCUUACACGAUUAGAUCUAAGAGCAAAUCGAAUUAGCACACUUCCAGUAGAGAUGAUCAAUAUUACGUCGCUUGUAGAACUUUUCAUCGAAGACAACCCCUUAACGAGUCCCCCUGCGAGCUUGUGUAAGCGAGGAAGAAUACAUAUCUUUAAGUAUCUUGAGACUGAAGUUAUUAAAUUAGAGCGUAAAACCGGAAUUAGUGGUAAUAAUACUUUAAGUCGAAAAUCUAGGCGAUCGUCUGGAACUUCUGGCCCACCUGCACAUUUACCUGAACGAUUAAGGCAAAAAAGGCAUAACGUCGAUAGUGGCUACAGUACCAGCGAUGGUUUAGAUAAAAGAUGGUCGCAAGAAAUCGCUCCCGACACAGAGAAACAUUGGACAUCUUCACCAAUCUUAUCACGUGCUUACGAACUUAAUGGUACAAAUUCGCCUAAUUCGACACCUUCAACGAUAUCACCUGCUCCUGAUACAACAAUAGAUGAUGAUCUUUCAUCAAAAUCACUAUUUAAUGAUUUUGACAGGAGAGAGGAUAGUAAGACUGUACGAGAUUCUAAUAGUUUUGAUACAACGUUGGUUAAUGGCAUGGAAGAUAAAAGUCGCCCAUUGACUCAAAUUCAAACUUACAAAGAGUACAAGGAGGCACUUCGACAGCAGCGGGCGCAAGAUGUACCUUCAAUAUACCGUACAAGAGAGCACGAUGACCACAACUAUAAAACGGAACCAAACACUCCUACGCAUCACAUGUCGCCAUCAAGAAGUGCUCUGGCAACAUCGAAGUCAGAUCCGACGCCACUAAAUUCUGUUUUAAGUAGCCCUAAACAUGUCUUCGACGAUACUAGUCCGAGAAAACCCGUACUAAAAGUGUCCCCGUCGAAAAAUCAUGCAAAUUAUCUUCAAUCAAACGGCAAUACGAUGAAUGGUACAAAUAAAUACAUGCAAGACUAUAUAAAGCCCAAAUCUCCUCUGAAAAACUCCACAGGCAUUAUGGUGCACAAUAAUGUACCGCCGACCGAAACGACCGCGGUGACUUUUAUCAAUGGUAAACCAAGCAGUCCACGGAUAGCGAACACAAUAAGUUACUUUAAUGGCGCGGCGAAGGGUGCAAAUGGUUUGAAGACAAAUCGCAGCGUGUCGUGGAACGAAAGUGUUCCUACCGAAAAAAUUAGCUUUACUAUGCGCCGAGAAAUAGACAAGGCGAAAGAAGAGUCGGAGAUGAUCGACCAGUUGCGUAAUAUAAUUGAAGCCCGUUUGAAAAUGGCUCUCCCAGAUGACUUAUCGUCGGCUCUAACGGACGGAGUGGUACUGUGCCAUCUAGCGAAUAACAUUAGGCCUAGAUCGGUGGCUAGUAUUCACGUUCCCUCCCCGGCAGUUCCAAAACUGACAAUGGCGAGAUGUAGGAGGAAUGUAGACAAUUUCAUCGAAGCAUGUCGGAGGAUAGGUGUCGAUGAGCAUUUAGUGUGUUGUUCGUCCGAUGUCCUGGAAGGAAGGGGACUAGUACAAAUUGCCAUUACAGUAGCUGAACUUAUUCGAUUUCAUCCAAAUAAUAAAUCUCCACUUCACGCAAAUAUGCAUUAGCCUGGAUUCUCCGUCGUUUAAAUGGAGUGCAGUCUCAAUUAUCGAUACAAGCGAAAUAACACCAGAUAUUUAUUUUGGGUCGUCUUCUACACUAUGCCAACUGAGAUGUAUGGCAUGCUGGAAUUUUUUCAGUAUAAGUCUGUAAAUACUACUAUUUUUUGUAUUUUUUAAUUAUAAGUGAACAUAUUGUGCCUGUAUCUGGUAUGUACAGCUUUUUUGGUUUACAUGGUAUUGAAGUUUGAUACCUUCUAGAUACCAGUACACUUUCUAUACUAUAUUA